GGAGGCGCUGAAGCGCGCGCACGCGUGUCUGGCGCAUGGCACGUGACCCUUCUCCCUCCCAUCAGCAGGGGAGGCGCCGGAGCAGGCGACGUCGGCUGGGCGCGUGGCAUGAAUCUGGAGGGCGAGCGCGGCAUCCACAGCACCAGCGAGGGCGGCGGCGGCGGGAUGAGCUCGGUGAGCUGCGGCAACGGGAAACUCCGCCAGUGGCUGAUCGAGCAGAUUGACAGCGGCAAGUACCCGGGCCUGGUGUGGGAGAACGACGAGAAGAGCAUCUUCCGCAUCCCCUGGAAGCACGCGGGCAAGCAGGACUACAAUCGAGAGGAGGACGCCGCUCUUUUCAAGGCUUGGGCUCUGUUUAAAGGGAAGUUCAGAGAAGGCAUUGAUAAGCCGGAUCCCCCCACCUGGAAAACAAGACUGCGGUGUGCUUUGAACAAGAGCAAUGACUUUGAAGAACUUGUUGAAAGAAGCCAGCUGGAUAUAUCAGACCCCUAUAAAGUGUACAGAAUAGUACCAGAAGGAGCAAAGAAAGGAGCAAAACAGCUUAGCAUGGAAGAUCCCCAAAUGAUUAUGAAUAAUACUUACACCAUGAACUCAUCUUACUCUGCACUACCACCUCAGGUGCCAAGCUACAUGGUGUCUCAUGACCGUAAUUGGAGGGACUAUAUGCCGGAGCAGUCACACCCCGAUAUCUCCUACCAGUGUGCAAGUGUUCCUUUUGCAGCUCGCAACCACCAUUGGCAAAGCCCAGCAUGUCAGAACGGUUGUCAGGUAACUGGAACCUUUUACGCUUGCGCGCCACCCGAGGCACAGACUCCUGGGAUGCCAAUAGAGCCGAGCAUAAGGUCUGGUGAAGCUCUUCCAUUGUCAGAUUGUCGACUGCACAUCUGUCUAUAUUACCACGAAACUCUUGUGAAAGAAGUCACUACUUCAAGUCCUGAGGGGUGCAGAAUAUCUCAUGGCCAAAGUUAUGAGGUCAGCGGGCUGGACCAAGUUCUUUUCCCUUAUCCAGAAGAUCACAACCAGAGGAAAAUAACUGAAAAAUCCUUAAGCCACCUGGAAAGGGGAGUAAUACUCUGGAUGACACCUGACGGACUCUAUGCUAAGAGACUUUGCCAAAGCAGGAUCUAUUGGGAUGGGCCUCUGGCAUUUUGCAACGACAGGCCUAACAAAUUGGAAAGGGAGCAGACAUGCAAACUUUUUGAUACUCAGCAGUUUUUGUCAGAACUACAAGUAUUUGCCCACCAUGGGAGGCCGUUGCCUAGAUUCCAGAUUGUGUUGUGUUUCGGUGAAGAGUUUCCAGAUCCACAAAGGCAAAGAAAACAAAUUACAGCCCAUGUUGAGCCCAUGUUUGCAAGGCAGCUAUACUACUUUGCACAGCAAAACACCGGACCUUUUCUAAGAGGCUAUGAUAUACCAGAACAAGUCACCAGUUCAGAAGACUACCAUCGAGCUCUCCACCAUUCCUCCGUUCCAGAAUAAGCAUGUGAAAAUCGGUGCCUUGAAGCAUCGUGUUGGAUGUUAUGCCUAAUGCAAGAAUCGUUGGUUCACAGCUACAUGUUAUAAGUAAAUGCUUGGAUUUCCCCUGGGAAAAGAACAACAACAACAAUUAAGUUCAAAGAAUGGUUGUGGUCAAGCCUAAAAAUAUAUUACAAUGGACACAUGCUCUCCUCCCUCCUUUUUUUGGAUUGCUGUACCUCAGAUUCUAACACUGGGGUUAGCGGUGGAAACUGACAAAAUACUUCCUAUGUUUACAUGUUCUUAAAGGGAGGCAGUGUCUUAUAGAUGACUUGAACUUAUUUCAGACUCUUAAUUAUUUAUUUGAUUAGAUAUCUCAGGGCAAGAAUUCCUAGACCGAAGCAGCAGCUUACUUAAGAUAUAAGGGGGUACACAAAAGCACAUUAUUCAACGAAAUGGAAUUAUUCUGUAAUUUUUAUAAGUAUACUAUUUCAAAAACAUCUAUAUAGUCUUUAAAGAAAGUUGCAGUGUACAGGUGUAUGGUUGUGUUUUUUUUAAGAACUAUAAUUUCUGACAUUUUUUCACGUUUUAAAAAAAUGUAUAUUGUCGCUCUUUUGAAAAAUAGACAUGCGCAGCACAUUCUGCAUCAGGAUUAUUCCUAGGAUAAAUGUUUUAUUAUCAUGCUAUGUUAUUUAUGCCAUUAUAUGUCAUUUUCAUAAAGCUCAUUUAAUGCUUAGUAAGCAGUCAAAGCUUCUUUCCAAUAACUGCUGGAUUUGCUGUGCAAUCCUAUACAUGCCUACUGAGAGUUCAGUAGUACCUGCUCCUAGGGUACUUAUGUAUAGUCCUGCAGCCUCAGGCAUUUUAAAAAACAGUUACCAAAGAGUGAAACACAUGUUUGCACAGGAUUUAAGACGAAUCAGUGUAAAUCUAUAUACAAACCGAUUGUGAACUCACAAGCGCACUAUAGUUUAAUAUGAGCCAUCUAAGCACUCAAAACAGUUUUUGGACAGAUUCACAAUUGACUUUAUUGUCAGAAUUAUUUCUUCUGAGUGAUAAUGUUGACAGACAUUGGCACUCAUUCAGGACAGAGUUAAGGGCUCCGGUUACAUAAGUAACUAUGUGACCACAAGUGAUUUCCUUUUUUAAUAUUAAAAUUUAUUGAAUUUCAAAAAAGCAAAACAAAAAGACACAAAUCAACUUCAACACACAUUUUCCUUAAUGUUUUGACUUCCCACCCUUACCUCCAUGUUGUUUUUAUUUCCAUCACUAUUUUAAUUUUAAAAGUAAAGGAAGGACUGAAAUUUCAGGUUAUUGGUUAUUUGCUUGAUCAGACAUGUCAGUAUCAAAGCAGCAUAUUCUAAUGAAUCAUAGGAAAUAGUCAUCAAGAUCCCUUCCUUCCUUAAAAACUAUUUGUAGGUGUGUGUUUUUUCCUUCAUUGAAGUAUUAAAAUUAAAAAUGUGUUCUACUUGAAUUUCUAAUCAGGGACAAAUUGUAUAUUUUUAUACAAUUGGCAGAAGACCGAUGUUCUAACCCCCACCCCCUGAAUUUAUACAUCUUAAAGAUGCAUGAUGCCUUGGGAUAUAAUAUCCAUUUCCUUCUCCUAAAUAGCUAGUCCCAUCACCUGGCACAUUUUUUCCUGAUGUAUUUAGGCUGCAAUCUUUAUCAUGCUUACUACAGAGUAAGGUCCAUUGACAUUGCGGGACUUACUUCUGAGUAAACAUGCCUAUGACUGUACUAUUAAUCUUAUUCAGCUUGAAAAAUUGAUAGGCGCUGCAUAGAUGUUUGGUUCUUUUCAGACAUAUACAUUUGUGGUGUUGAUCCAUUCAGCAAACAAGCACGUUCUCUCUCUUUCUCUCUCUCAUGUGUGACAGACCUUUUUUUUGCUUGCAGCCCCCUCCCCUUUAUUUUGUUAGUUGUAUAAAGAAAUGUUAUUUCUGAAUUCCACUUAUGAAAUGCAGCUUGUGUUUAGUUUUCAAAGGCUUGAUGACUACAUCUUUUUCUCAUACAAGGCAAUGUGAGAUCUAUGUUUAUAGCACACUGGUUCAUAAUUCAUUACUUGGAGGACAGUCCUAUUGAUUUGAAUAGAACAUAUUUCCAAGUGGUACAGAAAGCACUUCAGUGGCAACUAUGGAAUAAAUGUAUAUAUAAAUGGAAAACGCUGGUGCGUGCUGUGAACUACUUCAGACUGGAUUCAAACACUUUUAUCUAAGGUGGCAUACAGGUUUCCAUAGCAUGAGCAUUUUGUGUGUGCGUGUUUUCUCCUACAGAUAAGGAACUGAAGCAACUUUCAACUGAAUGGACACUCUUGCUGUUUUUUAAGAGGGUUCUUUUUAAAAAGGUGAAAUCCCCCCCCAUAGUAGAAAAGAAUGGGAAAGAUGGCCAACUGAACUAGUAGCGUUCAGUUUGCUGUCCAGUACAUCUUUCAAAUGACUUUUACAGGCAUAAGAACUCAGACCUGAGCUAUGGGAGGAAAGAGCAGUAAUUUUGAUUUCCAAGAUAUUUCUGUAUACAGCCUAGUCUUCACUAUAAGGAGUUGCAAAGGUUACCAAGAACCAAAUUGUGUUUUGAAUAUCCAAGGCAGAAGGGAGUGCUUUUUCCUACUGAUUCAUUUAUGCAAAUUGAGCUUUUGCAGUGUCUUUAUCUUAUGGGGUAUUUUUAGCAUUGGAAGGAAGCUCAACGUUAGCAAUUUGUUUUAGGAUUGCCAAUACUUUUUGGGGGAAAUGUAUGGAAACCACAGUUGGAAAUGGCUUUGGCAAAUGUGAUAUAUGCAAAUAGCCGUGUCCCAGAAUCCAGAAAAGUGAUACCUGUAUUAUUUCAAUGGGCUGCAAUAUUCGUUUGUAUUUAAACACAAAGGAACUUUGGAAGACUGCAGUUUUGAGCCAAGGAAUCUAUUUUCUGCUUACUAUUUUCAAGCAAAACCACCCUUUUCCAACUGCCCUACCCACACUGUUCCACAUAUGUGCCCUGCUUCUAUGUGAAACACAUUGGGGAGAAAAGACACUGGGGAGAAGGAAUUUUGAGCAGAAAAAGUGAUGCCAAAAAAAGGGAUGAGAAACUCUGUUUGCAUUCACCCACCCUCGGUUCAAAAUCUGCUCAUCAAUUUGAAGUUGCUUGCCAAUUAAAAGAGGUCAGGGUGAUAUAACAGACCUUUCUGUGUAAUGUUGAGUUUGCCCUUAAGCAAAAGCUUAAAUCUCAAAAUUAUUUGGGUUUGGUUGGAUCAUGCCUUCUGUAUUGUCUUGAGGUGCAGUGUUUACAAUUUCUAACCACAUUUCUUUUUUAAGCAAGUUCCAUAGCUCUUAAACGAAACUUCCUUUUUUUAAGUAUUUGGGAUCACAGGUGUGCUCAGAGUAUUUAGUUUCAAGCUUUUAUUUUGUCUAGUUUCUGCAGGAGCAGCCGAGGAAGGUAG